AUGAAAAUAAUCCUUGAAAUUCAAAUAGUCACCCUUUUAACUUAUUGCUUGUUCAUUUCCACCAUACUGAAUGGCGUUUGGGCCGUGGAUUACUCUAAUCAUCCUGGCCAUUUAAAACCUAUCGGUUUCGCUGGUCCUUCAUCCGAUAUCGAAUCUUGUCAUGGGUUUCCAUCGUUAAAAAUUUUUAUUGAAGAGUAUCUCAACAAAAAUAAGCCAUUAUUGAUGAAAGAUGCUGCCAAAUCAUCGCCCGCUUUUAAGUUAUGGUCAGAUGAUUAUUUCUUAGCUGAGCCAGAAUCAGCUAAUGUUAAUAUCAGUGUUGAACAACGGAAAAAAGAAAAUCGUACAAUAAUGCCUGAAGAUAUGUCGUUUAAAGAUUUUCUACUUCGUUAUAAUAAUACUAACGAAUAUAUGGUCGAUAAAGUGCCAGAGCCAUUUCGAAAAGAUGUAUACCUGCCGUCCUGCUUGCAAUGUCAAGUAUUUACUCUGACUGAUGAUGUAAUGUGGUUUAGCAGUGGCGGAACAAAGUCUGUUCUACAUACAGAUGGGUACCAGAAUCUCAACUGUUUAUUUCGUGGUACAAAAGAUUUAGUUAUGAUAAAUAGUAGUUAUCCGAGAGAGGAAUUAAUCGAAGUUUCUAAAGGUGCUUAUUCCAAUGUUGAUGUAGACAGAUUUGAACAAGUUUCCAAAGCUCGCCGAGGUAUCUUACAUACAUGUCCAUAUGGAGCCUGGCGAUUGUUUAUACAUCCCAGUUUUUUGUCUAACUCUAAUUAUAAAACUGUUGCUGCUAAUGGCGUUAUCUAUAGGUAUCAUCAUGUUCGAUCUUAUAAUCGCAAUAUUGCCGUAAAUACUUGGUUUUUACCUGCUGAAAAAUCAUAUGACGCAAGCUUAUGCAAAGAUGUCCAGCAAGUUUCGCAAACUCUAAAUGAAACUAAUUUUACUGGGCUUACAGACCCAGCUGAAGAUGAUGAAUACCUCGAAUUUAGGGAAUAUCUCAAGUGGCUUUUCGAAGAUGCGAAGAAAAAUGAUCUGAAGACACUUGUAAAAAGUCUUUCGAUGAGCCUACCUGAGCAAUCAGAUGAAGAGGAAUUGAAGCAGGCCAAACGAUUUUGUAUCGAGAUAUUUGCAAAAGUAGAUACUGACAAAGAUGGCAUUAUCACAACAGAAGAAAUUAAUAAUAUAUCUGAUGAGAACAACAGCAAGCUAUCGGAAAAGCUAUCAUUAUUUGUACCUCUUUCUAAUAGUGAUGAAUCUGAAGAUGAUGAUUUAUCACAAACAGGAGACGAAAAAGAUGGACAAGCUGAUGACGAAAGUUCAAGUAAUCGCGAUGAAUUAUAA